AUGGCCAAUCCUGCUGCUGCUCCUUCCCCUCCAGCUCAAGGAGGAGAAGGGCUGAACGUCAUCGCCCUCAUCUCCGGCGGCAAAGACAGUUUCUUCUCCCUCCUCCACUGUCUCGCCCACGGCCAUCGCGUGGUAGCACUGGCAAAUCUACACCCACCAGAAACAAACCAACAUGGAGAACUGGAACCGAAUGAUGAAGAAGAAGGGACGGCGGAAGAAGAGGAGGAUCUGAACAGCUUCAUGUACCAAACCGUCGGCCACCAAGUAAUCCCCCUGUACGCCGAGGCCACAGGCAUCCCGCUGUACCGUCAGCCCAUUAUCGGGGGAGCUACGCAGGGGAAGGAUUACUCGCAUUUUUCAGGGGUAUCAGUAUCAAAGAUCGGACCAGGAGGAUCAGGAGGAUCUGAGGCUGCCGUCAAAGUCGAGAACAAUGACAACACAGAAGAAGCAAAGGCAAAAGGGAAGGGCGAUGAUGAAACAGAAUCCAUGAUCCCCCUCCUCCUCGCCAUCAAGCGCGCCCACCCCGAAGCAAACGCCAUCUGCGCCGGCGCCAUCCUCAGCACCUACCAGCGCACCCGCGUCGAGUCGGUAGCUACGCGCUUGGGCUUGACGCCUUUGGCGUUCUUGUGGAAGUUCCCCUUUUUGCCCGUCCCGUCUCAUUCUAUGGAUGCGGACGCGCAGCUGCUAGAUGACAUGGCUGUCGCAGGCAUGGAGGCGCGCAUUAUCAAGGUCGCCAGCGGCGGGCUGGAUGACUCGUUCCUCUGGACUAACGUCGCGGACCCGAUGGGCAAGGCGAGGAUCACGAGGAGCAUGCGAAGGUUUGGCACGGCGUCGGAGAAGGGGGCGGUGAUUGGUGAGGGGGGGGAGUUUGAGACGUUGGUGUUGGAUGGACCAGGAACGCUAUUUCGGAAGAGGAUUGUGGUGGAGGAGAAGGAUAGACGGAUUGUGAGGGAGGGAGGAGGGUGUGCUUGGUUGAGUUUUGGAGGUGCGAGGUUGGAGGAGAAGGAUGUCACUGAUGAGAAGAAUGAGGCUGUUGAGGUCAGGAUCCCGGAUUUGCUGGAUGCUAGGUUUGUGAGGGUGUUGGAGGGUUUGAACAAGAGUGCUGGCGAGGAAGAAGCUGAGAAGCUUCUCGCUCUCCUCAGCUUGGAUCCCAAGCAAGGCUUGUCGAAGCAAGAGGGUACGUCUUUGCUAGGACUGCCUCAGAGUCUCAAGGACAGCAAACUCCAAAAAUGGUGUUUCUUCGUCAACCCUCCUUCCUCUGCCGGUAACAGCCGCACAAUCGAGACAGAAACCUACUCACUAGUUUCCCAAAUCCGCCAACAACUCCAGCAGCUCAACCUGCCUCCAUUCGCCAUACUCACCUCCACCAUCCUCUUGCGAAACAUGGCCGACUUCCCCGCCGUCAACACCAUCUACGGCGCCCUCUUUGACGCACCUAACCCUCCAUCCAGAGUCUGCGUCGCCUGCGGUGACUCCCUAUCUGCCCUUGCCGGCGGCAAUGACAGCAACAUCAACAUCAACAUCGCCAUCUACCUCACCGUCCACACCGGCUUCACCAACAAGUCCUCCAAGCCCGACCAACGGCGUCAAGGUCUCCACGUGCAAUCCCGCUCAUACUGGGCUCCCGCCAACAUCGGCCCUUACAGCCAAGCCAUUUCGAUUCCUCUCGCCAGUCUCUCAUCUUCUUCACAGGCCUCCUCCUCCUCUUAUAACAAUGAUGACGGUCCAAAAUUAGUCUCCAUCGCGGGCCAAAUCCCCUUGGUACCCGCCACCAUGACCUUGCCUCCCUCGGCCCUGCCGUCCUCUUCAGACGUGGAGUCGCAGCAGCAGAGACAGGCGCUAAACACCCAACUCGCCCUCUCCCUUCAACACCUCUGGCGCAUCGGCGUCGAAGUGGGUGUGCAGUGGUGGACUAGCGCCGUGGCUUAUUUCCCUGCCGACCCUUCCACCACCUCCUCCUCAGACUCUGCUUCAAUGCUAAUGAGCGAAAAAGCCAGACUGGCUUACAAAACCUGGCAAUCUGCCCAUCAGUGGCGGUUUGCCAAAGUCUCAUCCGACGGCGAUAACUCCAACUCCGACUCAGAUGGAGAAUCGGAUUCAGAGGAUGAAGACUCCGACGCAGGCGGCCCUGAUCUCUGGGACAGAAAGUUCAACCCCUUAUACAAAUCCUUUGCCGUCAGCAACUCUUCAGGACAAGCGUCUUCUUCCUCUGGGGAACCCAAGCUGCCUGAUUGGAAAGGGGGUAAUCCCGCCUUUUUCGCCGCGCAGGUUUCUGAACUCCCCCGCUCCGCGGGCGUGGAGUGGCACGCGCAUUUGGGGAUUGCCAAGGCCAGCUCCAAAAAUGUGGAAGUUUUGGAAAGUUUCCUGGUGGAUGGUGAUGGUGGUGGUGAUGGUGAUGGUGGUGAUAAUGACGAUGAGGGGAGGAGAGUGGUGGUGGAGGUCCAUCAGACUGUUAUUCGCUCUCCGGCUUCCACUUCUUCUACUUCUACUUCUUCUUCAUAUGAAGAUGAUAGUGACGACGAGGAGGACAACGUUGAUGGAUCCAAAAAAGCUACGACGGGACCUGCUAUUCUCCAGACUAUGCUGGUCGAGAGACACACGACAACGUCAUCGUCAUCUUCGGCUCCGUUCAAGGGACUCGAUGAAAUUGCGCGGUUGGCCGCUCGUCGGUUGAUGAGUUCAGAACAAGGAGAGGCAGAGAAGGGGAACCCGUCAGUGUCGGUACGUUACGUGGAUACUGGGGUAUACUCCUCCGCCGGGCCUGACGGUGGUGUACAUGUACCUGUCGUGCCGUGCGCGUCGCUCUGGAGCGGAAAUGGGGAUAAGCUUGCUUCUGUGACUAUCUAUCAGAGUGUGUUUGAAUGA